UGGUCGCACCCGUUUACCAAUACUGUCAGGCGUUCUGGCGAUUUCUGUCGACACAUUUCAUAAUCUUUGAUUCUGAUUAUCGAAAAAAUAAAUAAAAUAAGAAAUGGAGCUAUCCGAAGGAGUCAAGGAGCGUUUGGGAGUGGUCGUCGGCGUGGUCCAAACGACAUUCCACUGGGGAUUCGUGCCAAUGGUGCUUUAUCUGGGAUUCUCAAAGGGAGCCGAGCCCGGGAUGCCACCAUUGUCCAUCCUGAGCCUGUUGUGGCAGUAAAAACAAGCUAAGCACACUCUAACCCGAAACAUGCCGUGGAUCUUCCAAUACCGCGGUGUGUGCCAUAAUUUUGGUACGAAUUGGAUUUCCUGGCAAUUCCGUAUUACCUGAAACUAUUGCAAAUACAUUUUUGUUUAUAAAA